AUGUUAUUGGCUCUUCCACUCGUUCUACUUGGGGCAGCACUCGCCGUCCAUGCCGAUAUCAAUCCCGGACACCACCAGCUAGCUCGUCACCACAAAGUUGCUCCGCGUAGUCCCGCUCCCGGCCUCCAGACUGCGACCCAGGUCCGCAAGCGCAAGUCAUGCAAAGCUCCUACCUCGUCUAAGAAGCCAGCCUCAUCGAAGAAACCGGCAGCUACGAAGAAACCGGCAGCUACGACAGCACCGAAAGCCAAGCCAACCAAUAAUAAUGCUGCUGCUCAGAGCGGCACGAUCAAGGUUCAAGUUGACCGUUGCGGCAACAAUGGGGCGACUACUCAGACAACCAAGACAACCGGUCCCAAUGGUAGCAUCGAUUGGCUCAACUGCGGUCUCACUGGUGGUGGCUGGAAUCCUCCCUACAUCCGAGUUGAGGAUGUGAGGGCCGCCGACCUGGCUACCGCUCUCAAGUCUCCCAGCUCUCCAUUCCACGCUUGUGCAGCCUUCGUCGACAUCUUCUAUGAAGCUGCCAAUGCUUUUGGUCUGAAGCCUAUCAUGCUCGCCUCUUUCGCAAUGCAGGAAUCCAGCUGCAACCCGCACACGGUCGGAGGAGGAGGCGAACAAGGUCUUAUGCAAAUUACGCAGGACAAGUGUGGUGGAGCGCCGGGUGGUAAUUGCCAAGACGCCAAGUUCAAUAUCAUGACUGGCGCCAAAUACUUUGCCAACGUCCUCAACGGCAACAAUGGUGAUCUUUUGCUGAGUCUUGGCAUGUACAAUGGAUGGUCUCGGGGUCUCACAGUGGGCAAAGCUACCGCUGCUCGGCACUCGGCUUGCUGUCUCUGCCAGAACAACAUGGAUUACUUGUUCCAGUGGAUGAAUGGUUGGAUCUUGAACAUUGACGCUUACUCUCAGGGUCUGGGCAAGUAUUUCAACCUGGCGGUUUGUCGUUAG